AUGCUUCCGCCAUCAGUUUUGGGAGCUAGCGACUGUGAUAGCCAACCUACCGCGUCGGUGCCAUUGUUGCCUCCAGCUCUACCCGAAGGUCUUAUUCCGAUGGACGUCCUCGACAUCGAAGCUCCUGCUACGCGUCGAUCAAGAAAGUCAAAGGAAAAGUCGAAGGCGAAGUCAAGGGCGAAGGCGAAGGCUGAGUCAAAGGCUAAAUCAAAGGCUGCCAGUCAGAAGGCUACAAAGGAACGAUUAUGCGGUGAGCUUAAAUGCGAAACCUGUGGGGAUCCUAUCGUGAUUAAAGAGGGCCGAUGGGAUGUAUGUGCGAAUUGCACCUACGCGCUCUUGAAUAAACCGGAAGAACUUAAUCCGUUGUUUCGCACGGGAGGACAGACAGUGUUCAAGCACCUUUACCCAGAGGCAAAUGGCUUUCGCAUGGAUCACAUCGACAACGGUUCUGGAGUCUUCCAAGCAUUGCAUGCCACGUACCUACACUACCUCAGUCAAGAACGCGAUCUUCAGACUAAGGUUGGACUAACGCACAAGCAAUUCAAGACCAUUAUCAGGACCAGAGCAUCGCGGCGCGCGUAUAUCAAGUUUGGAAUGAAGCCACCUAUACGGUCCGGGGAGGAAUCCAAGGAAGAGGAAGUGAACGAGGUGUUCGAUGACUACUCGGACUCUUUCGAGGAUGUCUGGGACUCUUGCGACGAUGGUUUUGGUCCUUGCGACGAUGACGCGGAGGCUGAGUUGUCUGACUCGCCCGCGAUUGGGGAGGCAGGCCCAUCUUCACGACCCGGAAGUUCCAGCAGGACGAGAAAAUGAGAAUUCAGCAGGUGAAAGAAAUAUUGAGUAUGGCUGUGCAUUUUAUGCUCGUCUUACAUCGUCGUACUGUUAUCAUUAGCUACUUGUAUAGGAUAGCGAGUAUUUAUUCAGAUCCCUUAAUGUUUUAC